AGAAGAAGAUGAAGAAGAAGAAAAGGCAGGAACGACAAGAGGAGAGAGAGAGGGAAAUAGAUGGAGAGGGGUGAUAGCUUAAUCGCAAGAGGUCCGACUCUCUGCGUGCCUUUGAACAGAACGGACCGUGGUGGUGCAGCGUGCGUGCAACUACCGAAAGUGGAACCACUUUUUUGACAGAGAACUCGCUCGUGUAUACCGUCUCCUGUGAUCCAGUGGAUCAGAUCCACUCGCAACAGGACAGUGAACACGGGUACGCGCGGAAAACGACACCGGACAAUUUCCCGUUCGAUCAACGGUAACCGAAUUCACCGCCGACUGGGGAACGUAUGCAUUUUCGAACGUACGCGUUUAUUAAUCGGCCAGGUGAUAUCCGAUCGAUCGGUUACUAUCGACAUUCUGAUCGUGUCGGUGAAUGGUGCGGCGAUCGUGAUUUUUACGAAUGUUCCUCGGUCCUGUGGCUCCAGAGAUGGGCGAUAUCUGACCCGUGUAAUACAUAACGAAUAAAACCAACGUACGUAUAGACUCGCUGGCGGAAAGGAAUUGACUCGAAAUUUGUGCGAUUCCAAGAUAUGACCCACGACUACGGCUACCAUGCGAGUUAAGGAAACAUAAACGUUUGUAACGAGGGCUCCAGUUCGGGAGCAAUGGCCACGCAGUCCGACGAUCCGUACCCGGAAAUCAUCAAUUCCACGGACAGAAGGAAAACCACUAGUUUCCCCAUUCUGUUGGCCAGGUUUCUCUCGAUUUACUGGAAGUCGAUACUGAUUGUGAUAUGGCCACUGAUCCUGUUGCCUGUCAUCGUCUUCGAGACUACCGAGGUGAUAGCGAUGCGGUGUCUAUAUGUGAUUGGUUUGAUGGCAUUGUUCUGGAUGACCGAAGUGCUUCCCUUACCAAUCACAGGUCUGAUUCCCGUUUUUCUUUAUCCGCUGAUGGGUAUAAUGACCACGAGCGAUACUUGCGCUUGCUACAUGAACGAUACCACGAUGAUGUUCAUCGGCAGUAUGGUGAUAGCGAUCGCCAUCGAAAACUCUGGUAUACACAUGCGGGUGGCACUGCUAAUCAUUAAAACGAUCGGUUGCAGUCAUCGAAGGUAAUUUUCUAGAAUUCACAAUGGGGGCAUCUAGACAGGCAC